CUACAUGACCCUCAGGUUCCGAAAUCAGGAAUUGACAGGAUGACAGGCAGGAAUCUGGCCGUAGGACUGAUCUUCUUAUCACAGACUACAUUUGGACUUCUGGGUAAUUCUUCUGUCUUCUACAAUUACAUACUGCUUUACUUCACAAGGUACAAGCUGAAUUCCACUGACUGGAUUCUGAACUAUUUGGUUUUAGCCAACUUCUUAACUCUUCUGUGUAAAGGAGUGCCGCAGACCAUGGCAGCUUUUGGGCUGAACACUUUCAUAACUGAUUUUGGAUGCAAGCUCCUCUUCUACCUUCACAAAAUAGGCAGGGGUACAUGUAUUUGCAGCAGCAGCUUCAUGAGUGUCUUCCAGGCCAUCACCAUCAGCUGCAGGGACUCCAGAGGGGCAGAGUUUAAAAACCGAACAUUCAAGCACAAUGGCCUCUUCCUAUGCUUUUGUUGCAUUCUGAACAUCCUCAUGAGUAUAUAUAAUCUCCUCUACAUGACUCAAAAUUUGGGAUAUAGAAACAUGACAAGCAUUCAAAACUUUGGCUACUGCCCUCUUUAUCUUGACAAAACCGGCCAAAUGCUGCAUGCUGUGUUCCUGCCCCUCCCUGAUGCUGUGUGGGUGGGCCUCAUGGUAUGGGCCAGCAUAUUCACUGUUCUCAACUUGUACAGGCACAAGCAAAGAGUGCAACGUAUGCCAAGGACCAAAAAUUCCCCAAAAUCUUCCAUUGAGUCAAAGGCUAUUAAAACCAUCCUUCUUCAGUCAAGUACAUUUGUUUUCUUUUAUAUAAUUGCCUGUCUUAUUCAACUGGUUCUGGUGUUCUUUCAUAAUCCUAGUUGGUUUCUGGUAAACACAUCUAUAGUCAUCUCUGGGUGUUUCCCCACUGUGAGUCCCUUUCUUCUCAUGACCCACUAUUCCAUAGCAUCUAGUAAGUGUGUUCCCAGGAAGAGAAAUUUAUGA